AUGACAGGGCCUUCUACGCAGUACCCUAAUUACUGCAACGGCCAGUAUCCGGAUUACUGGUUCGAUCCAAACGUUGCGAACUAUCCGCAGUACUAUCAGUACCCUCAGAGAAAGGAUGAGUCCACGUACCAGAAUAAUUGCAGUUACUACCAAAACCAGACGUCCACCCCGACCCUUAACCAGGAUUCCACGAUCCCAGACAUUUCGAAGUACUAUCACCCGAACUAUGUGGAAAACUUUCAAAACAGUCUUGAAUCAUUAUUACAGUGUGAUCAGGUGCGAAGGGACCAGCAAAGUGGCGUAUCACCGUCGAAAGACGAAACGAACGAUAGUGAAAAGUUGCGGGCGCUCUUGAGUCUACCGGCCGGUCAGAAAAUCGCGUAUGGUUAUGACCAUUUUCAAAUGCAGAAGACAAAUCAGGGGGGAACUUCUUCAGAUAACCAAUGUGUAAGUAAGAGUGGUGGUCUUUCUGGAGGUUCCGAUAAACGUGGCAAUGACUUGGAAGCCGCGAACAAAGAUCAGAGUAAAAUCGAGCAUGAUGAACAAAUGGGAGUGCGCAGAUGUUUGUUCCCGUGGAUGAAGAGCAAUGAAACCAACUUCGCUGGCAGCAAGAGGACCAGACAAACCUACACAAGGUUCCAGACUCUCGAGCUGGAGAAGGAAUUUUACUGUAACAAAUAUCUCACUAGGAGGCGUAGGGUGGAAAUUGCUCAUGCUCUAUCUUUAAGCGAACGACAAAUCAAAAUUUGGUUUCAAAAUAGGAGGAUGAAAGCGAAAAAGGACCCGAAAUUCAACCCGUUUUCGUCUGAUUUCAAAUUGUUGGAGGAAGACAAGAACCACAGUAACAUGUACUCGACAAAUCUCUUAACCAACCCCCAAGACUUCAUCGGAGAAUGUCAGGCGAUUUCAACAGUCGGUGAGACACGAAACAUUAUGUAUAAUAACAAUAACGUCAACUCUCCUACAAUGCUCGGAAUUUAAGCUUGUUAUAUCUUCUGUGCGAAGUUGCUGCUGGUCAGAAUGACAAGGCGAAAAAUUGGAAGAGAAAAAAAUGUGAUCUGCUAGGAUUAAAAUGAGAAACUUUUUGUUUGUUUUCUAUCAUAUUUAGAACUCUAAUGGCCGUCACUCACGAGAAAUUCUAUCUAGCAUCUGGAAGCCAGGCUCCUAAGAGAUUCCGGUCCGGGAGUCCAGUUCACUCUGAUUUACAGUAAAAAAAAAUAAUAAUAAAAAUAAAUAAAUAAUAAAAUAAGAAAAAAAAUAAAACUAUGGGUGCCUCGUGAGUGGCCACCUUUAGAUCAAAAUGUGGGCGUUGAAGAAAGAAUUUUAUCGAGAAGAAGCACUGUUUAAGUCAUUUGUUUGUUUAUCAUUUUCAAAUACAAGAGCAAAGAUUAAUUUGUUGAAUACAGAAUAUUUUUUGUAUCCUUCAU